AUGGAGAAUCUGCUCCAGAAGAAGUCUGAGCUUAAAUUGCUGGCUAACGCUGUCCAAGGAGAGUUACCCAACAAACAAGAUAACUUUCCUUACUCAAUACUCGGUGGUUACAAUCUGUAUGUCAAAAGGGCCAGUUUUAAGGACGACGUUUUGUUCAAACAAAUCUUGGACGAGAGACCAGAUGGGAUUGUGACUGCAACCCCUGUAAUUGAAGAGCGGAUUCCUAUAGCUGCUGAUGAGACAGAGCAAGAGCUUACUAAUGAAGAGCGACAGAAGCGAGAGGAAUUUAAGAGCAAACGUCGUGCUCUGGCUCUGGAGGGAGCGGACGGUCUGGAUUUGAAAGCCGUUUUGUCCAAUCGGGCUCCUGUGCACGGAGAGGAGCUAGAUGAAGAGGACGGAGAAGGACACAAAUCGGAGAAUGAUGAUUCAGCAGAGUCGCAAGAGGAAGAGGUCAAAAUAUGCGUCACUGACCAUGACAAACAGUCAGAAAUAAACCGCCCGUCGAUAUCGUAGCACUGGAGCUGUAUUACAUAAUAAGGAGGUGCUCUUCCAUCUUCAGUCGUAUCCGCCUCUCAGACGGAAGAAUUCAUCCACUGCACAAUAUACCACAAAAAGGGAUAUUCAGCCAUGUCUAAUAAUCAGUGACACUUCGCCAAGCUUACCGGUUUUAACAAAGUCUCAGUAGCAACUUACCAAACAAACACGAAACAUGAGUCAUCAUCACCGUCUUUGUCGGACCGCUGCCACGCAUUUGCAUGCUAUUGAUUUGCAGAUUUUAUUCAUAAAGAAACCCUGGAAUUAACAAUUUAUGAUGACGCUGGUUGGUAUGAAUUUAUCUUUGUAGGCACAUUGUAUAUGUCUUCAAAUAUUGGUGAUCGUGUCCUUCGACAAAUUGACGACCGAAAAAUGUCACGUUUGCUUUGAUUUUCUCGAACUUACAUUUUUGUGUAUGGUAUGCAAAUAAGAUUUGUAUUAAAAAAUUGCCCCUGGUGUAUGUGCUUUAAUAGUGAUAUUGCUUCCGAGGCAUCAUAAACUUUCCGACGCAAAUAUAGACAUACAUCCAG